CUCACAUGUCGCAGACUCGUUCUAGGAAACAUACGUCUCGACUUGAAUAAAUUUGGUACUUGGAUGUUGAAAGAUGAAAUAAUAUCUCAUGUUCAACGAAGAGUCACUCAUCCCGUAGAUUGAUCAUAUUGCGGCCCCCACGCUAUCCCAGAGACCAUGUGAUAUUGCUUGAUACAACUGGACCCGGCGAAAGUAUAUCAACCCUGCAUGAGAGUUCUUGUCUUUUGCAUGCUUUGUCAGUUUCUGGUCUUAUGAAGAGCGUUUGCUAGUAGGACGUUAGAUUGCAUUUUUAUGGUAUCCAGGUAGACUCUCCUCUAGCCGACGUGGUAAGACAUACCUUCAUGGUUCAUACUUGCAUAAAGUUCCUUAUGUACCUCUGCAUCAGUAAAUUGUAUCCUAGUACUUCUCAUCUCUCUCAUUCUUCUCGUAAUUCACGAGCAAUAAUCAAGUUCCUACUUCUACAAGGGAGAAUCAUCAAUAAAAUGGCUGCGUCCGUCAGUUCCAAAGCGAUCAGGUUAACUGCGCCAGCAGCAUUCGAUUCACACCUGGACCAGCGUCAAGACCCGCGUCAUGCCUUCCCUGACCCGAGCCAGUUUGUGGUGGUCGACUACCACAAUAAGACCUCAAGCGGAAAAAACUAUGACCUUGCUCCAGCAGUGCGCCUUGCAGAGGAUCUUCGCUGGGGCAGAACACCCUCUUCUUCGUCGAGCCACGCCAGAUCGUUUGUUCCACAACAACUUUUGCCAGAACGGAGACCCGAAGUAGAUUAUUCGUCACGUGGGGGAGGUUCUGCUUCGUCGAAUUACACUCCUGACUUUUCCAGCACACAUCACGAUCCCGGAUCGCCAGUUGAAGUAGGUGAUGCGACUCCAAGUAGCAGUGGUGGGUUCUUCUUGCCAGGGAGUGCCGAUCCUGUUCAACAUCGGAUCGAGCACUGGAUGCGGAUCGAGCAGCUGUUACUAGCCGAUCAGAUGCGAAGGUCCGGCGCACGACCUGAGGAUGACCCAGGUGCGGAAGAUCUGUUGUUCUACGGCGAUCGCGCAAAGGUUGCGGAGAAAGCGCGUCGGAGCGCUGUUGCCAACACAGCGCUGCAGCGAUACGGACUUUAUUUUAUGGACUCGUUCAGCUUUGUCGAGGACAGAAGCUUCUCAACGUUGAACAUUCAAAGACACCAGCUUGAAUGUUCUAUUCGACUGUAUCAAGGACUGAGAAGCCUGCAGAAACCAAGGGGUGUUAUGUCCAACUACAACAUAGUCAUAGUGAGAAGGCGCCUCUAAUUUUUCCCCUCUUUUUCAGCGGCUCUUCGCGGACGACCAUGACUUUUUCCGCCGUCUUGAAGAAGGAGAGCAGCAGGCAGCAGAAGGCGAUGCUGCGUUACAAGAGACGAGUAACAAGUCGAAAGUAUCUUCAACAAGAGCAGGCAGAGAAGAGGAGAAAGGCGAGUCAUCUUCAAGUUCUUCGAGCAACUAUGGUUAAGGCUCUCGAGCAUAUUGUCAUAUUAUCGUUUCUAUGUAUAGGCCAUUAAUUUCUGCUGCUUGCUAGCUGAGUAUUAAAGUUGCGUAGAAGAAAAUGUGUGAAUGAACAUGCAGAGCUCUAACAUAAAGAGGGGUUGGACACGUUGCAGACGCUUUUGCCGCCGGACAAGCUCGCGCAGGUGGUAAGCCUUAGUCUAGACCUGUGGUUGCCAAUGCUGCGCAAGAUAUGGUUUGAAAACGUGCACCGCGUUACUACCACAGGCAAGGUGCAGAGCAAUUCUAGAGAUGGCUAUCAGCUGGGGACACCUGGAGCAGACGAGAAGAAGAGUGCGUCUCAACAACCACGAGAACUAAAGUCUCAGGCUUCAAGUAGAGCAACAUCAGAAUCAUCGUCCUUCCUUGAUGCGCAAAGCUUGCUGACAGAGGAGUCGCGAGAGUAUCAAAUGUGCGAGAGUGGACAGUCAGAAGUGUCCUCCGAAGGAUCCGAUGUAGAGCUAGUGGAUGACGAUAAAUGCUGGAGUUGGGAUGCACGUCUUGGUUGGGUGCCGGACCGUGAUAAAUUGAAACCGGAUUAUCAUCUGUCACGUCAGACAGAGAAGUAGAGGUGCUUAGAUAAACUCGCUUUUCCACGAAUGGCAAAAGCCUGCGUAAUCAGCACUCGGCGACAAAGCCUUCGCUCUUGGAACUACUCUUGCGGAGCAGCAAGAAGUUUUCAAUCACAAACUGAUAGUCUGAGUUCAUUCUAACAGUACUCCUUCCGAAAGCGAUUCACGAUCAUUCCGAUGCUAGAUGAUAUAUACUUGAGCUUCUACCAACAUUGGAUAUACUUAGUACAGUUCAUCAUGUUGUAGUUUUUUUUGGCAUUAAAUCUUUGUGCAUAUCUGUACUAUACGAGCUGCAGCUGCUGCAAAAAGUAUGGCUCUCCAUCUGCGACCACGACUCUUGCAUCGGCUCUGCCCAUGUUGUGAUGGUAUCGUUCGAACCGGUUGCGUCUUGUGCUACAAGUCAUUCACAAAUGUACAAAUGUUGAUCACUACUCAUAGCACAAACAAUCUUCUUGUUUCUUGUCAUGAUGGAUCUAU